AUGAACAAACAAGCCUGCCAAAAGUUCUUCAGCAGCACAAGCCAGGGCUUCUCUGGCCACUCAGCUGUGGUCUCUGGCAGCAGCAAGAUGAGCUGUGUGGCCCGCUCCCAGGGGACCAGUGGAAGGGCCUGUGGGCUUCGGAAUGGAGCAAGCAGCUUUGGCAGUAGCAGCCUCCACAACCUGGGUGGCAACAAGAGAAUCUCUAUGAGUGUGGCAGCUGGUGGCUCCAGGGCUGGUGGCUUUGGUGGAGGACAUAGAAGCUAUGGCAGUGGCUUUGGGGGUGGCUAUGGAGGUGGCUUUGGUGGUGGUUAUGGAGGCAGCUAUGGUGGCAGAGGGAUGGGAGGUGGCUUUGGGGGAGCUGGUGGCUUUGGAGGGGCUGGUAGCUUUGGUGAGCCUGGUGGCUUUCCUGGGGGAAUCCAGGAAGUGACUGUCAACCAGAGCCUCCUGCAGCCCUUCAGUGUAGAGAUUGACCCUCAGAUUGGACAAGUGAAAACUCAGGAACGCGAGCAGAUCAAGAUCCUCAACAACAAGUUCGCCUCCUUCAUCGACAAGGUGCGGUUCCUGGAACAGCAAAACAAGGUCCUGGAGACCAAGUGGGAACUACUCCAGCAGCAGACCACUGGCUCUGGCUCUGGUCCCCACAACCUGGAGCCUUUCUUUGAAUCCUAUCUCAGCUUUCUGCGCAAGCAGUUGGAUUCACUUCGGGGGGAGAAGGGGAACCAAGAGGGAGAGCUAAAGAACAUGCAAGACCUGGUGGAAGACUUCAAAAAGAAAUAUGAAGAUGAGGUCAACAAGCGUGCUGCGGUAGAGAAUGAGUUUGUGGGGCUCAAGAAGGAUGUAGGUGUGGCUUACAUGAACAAGGUGGAGCUGCAGGCUAAAGUGGACAGCUUGACAGAUGAAAUCAACUUCCUGAGGACCCUCUAUGACAUGGAGCUGAGCCAGAUGCAGAGCCAUGUCAGUGACACGUCUGUGGUGUUGUCCAUGGAUAACAACCGCUGCCUGGAUCUGGACAGCAUUAUUGCAGAAGUACGAAUCCAGUAUGAAGACAUUGCCGAGAGGAGCAAGGCCGAGGCUGAGGCCCUGUACCAGACCAAGCUUGGGGAGCUGCAGACGACAGCUGGCAGGCAUGGGGAUGACCUGAGGAGCACCAAGAGUGAGAUCAUGGAGCUCAACAGGGUGAUCCAGAGACUGCGGGCAGAGAUUGAGAAUGUCAAGAAGCAGAAUGCCAACCUGCAGACAUCCAUCGCAGAAGAUGAGCAGCGUGGGGAGAUGGCCUUAAAGGAUGCCAGCGCUAAGCUCCAAGAUUUGCAGACGGCCCUGCAGCAGGCCAAAGAUGACCUGGCCCGGCUGCUGCAUGAUUAUCAGGAACUGAUGAACGUCAAGCUGGCCCUGGAUGUGGAGAUUGCCACCUACCGCAAGCUGCUGGAAGGCGAGGAGUACAGGAUGUCUGGAGAGUGUCAAAAUGCUGUGAGCAUUUCUGUGGUCAGCAAUGUCACCAGUGCAAGCAGCAGCUCUGCUGGCUUCAGAGGGGUCAGCAGCAGCAGCAGUGGCUCCAGAGGUGGCAGCAGCAGUGGUGGCUCCAGAGGCAGCAACUAUGGAGGGGACAGCAGUGGCAGGAGCAGUGGGGGCAGGGGUGGCAGUGGGGACUACCAUAGUGGCAGCAGGCUCAGCAGUGGAGGCAGCAACUCCGUGAGCCAGCGAGGAAUGGUCUUCAGCUCUGGUGGCACCCAGACUUCAGCAGGCAGUGGAAGCAGCACCAGUGUCCGCUUCUCCCAGACCACCACCGGCUCCAGCCAGCAAUGUUCCAAGUGA